AAGUCAGGGAGGACACGAUGAGAAACCACAUGCAGCCGGGGGACCCUGCAGGAGAAGACGACGAGGAGGAGGACAUGGACCUGGUGGCGGAAGCCGAGGCCGUGGCCGCGGGCUGGAUGCUGGACUUCCUCUGCCUCUCUCUCUGCCGGGCCUUCCGCGACGGCCGCUCUGAGGACUUCGAGCGGACCCGCGACAGCGCCGAGGCUAUUAUUCAUGGACUAUCCAGUCUUACAGCUUCUCAGAUGAGAACUAUAUACAUAUGUCAGUUCUUGACAAGAAUUGCAGCAGGAAAAUCCCUUGAUGCACAGUUUGAAACUGAUGAGCGUAUUACCCCCUUGGAAUCAGCCCUGACAAUUUGGGCCUCAAUUGAAAAGGAAAAUGACAAACUUCAUAAAGAAAUACAGAAUUUAGUUAAAAUUCAGGCUAUAGCUGUUUGCAUGGAAAGUGGCAGUUUUAAGGAAGCAGAAGAAGUAUUUGAAAGAAUAUUUGGUGACCCAAAUUCUCACAUGACUUUAGAACGGAAGUUGCUGACAAUAAUCUCUCAGAAAGAUACAUUCCACCCCUUUUUUCAACACUUCAGCUAUGAUUGCAUGAUGGAGAAAAUUAAGACUUAUGUGAAUUAUAUUCUAGAUGAAAAAUCAUCAACUUUUCUAAUGAAGGCAGCAACAAAAGUAGUGGAAAAUGGAAAAACAAGAACAAUACAUGCUAAAGUUAAGCCCAAUAGUGGAAAUAAUGACCCAGAAACUGAAGUUAAUUUGGAUAAAGAAAAAAGGUCUCACAAGAAUCUCUUACUUAAGUUGAAGCAUGGAAGCAGGCAACAAGAGUUUAAUGAGACAGAGAAAAGAGGGGGAACGCUUCAAAAUGAAAAACAGAAGAGAGGAGGAAUAGCCAAUCAAAAUAAGAGAUAUAUUUCAAAUAGCCCAGUAACUGCUGGAAAACAGAAACUUAGGAAAAAACAGGCAUGGCUUUGGGAAGAGGACAAGAAUUUGAUAUCUGGUGUGAGGAAGUAUGGAGAAGGAAGCUGGGCUAAAAUACUAUCACGUUAUAAGUUCAACAACCGGACAAGUGUCAUGUUAAAAGACAGAUGGAGAACUAUGAAGAAACUAAAACUGAUUUGCUCAGACAAUGAACACUGAAUGUGAUUGCCAGAGCUUUAUUAAAAAGACUGUAAAAUACUAUUGACCACUACAUGUUCUUUAAAAUUUGGUGGAGAUUGAUGUAUCUUAAAAUUAUUAUUUAAAGCAUUAUUUUUCUGUGAAAAUUUAAUGACAAUUUGUGCUAUGGUGGUAAAGUUACAAGCCAUCAUUGUACUCAAGAAUGUUUAUGCAAUAUGAAUACCUUGAACUUUACUUUCAAUAUAAUUCCAUAUCCUCUUUUAGUACAAAAGUAAAACCAGAUAAGAGAAAAUAAGUAUUUCUAAGAGGGGAAGCAUGGAUUUUUAUUUACUUACUCUGUCUGUAGGCUAACCUUAACCUUAUAAGAUGCCAUGUAAAAGUGAAUAUUGAGGUUGUCCUUCAAUAUGAAAUAAUUAUUUGACUUU